AUGCCCGUGUAAACUGUUCGACGAUUGGUCACGUCUCAUCUCGCGUUAUUGUGAAAAACUCUGAGUGCGGACCGGAAAGAGGCGCUAUACAUGUAAAAAGUGGCGCAGGACUGCCGGAUAUUAGGGAGGUAAACAUGGAAAAAACAGCCAGCGAUCAGCCUCAAGAGACGCAGUUUUGGUGCUAUAUCUGCAGCAUUGGAUGUGCAUCUGCACUUAACCUACAGAGCCACUUUAUGGGUUUCAGGCACCGGCAGGUUGAAGAAACACUUAAAAACCAUGGAGCCGAAAAACCUGUUUUGAGAAGAAAGAAGCGUCAGUUUUCAGAUAAUCCAGAGCCUGCAUUAGCUGGAAAAACACUGGAUGACCUACUUAGAGCUUGUAAAGAAACUGAGCCUGCAUUGGGUCUUGAAUGUGUGUAUGAAUAUCAUCAAGAUGACAAAAAUUAUGUCUAUGAGUGCAGACUAUGCAACCUUCAAACAGGAGUGGCUCCCAUGUUCAUGCAUGUUGUUGGAGCCAAACACAGAAUUGCAUACCUGAGUAAACAUCACAGUGAUUUGGGAAUCCCCAGUAACUUCCAAUUAAAAUCUGCAGCCAAGAUCAAAAGACUAAGAGAUACCUGCAUAACUGUUGAAAAGACAUUCGGAAGAAAAAACGUUGUUAAAGGAUCAUUUGAACCAAGAACAUUUAUUGAUGACCCUUUACCACUUCCUGCUCUCAAUUAUGGUUCAGACAAAUUGGAAGAAAUAGACUUUACUACAGAUGAUUUUGUUGAUAUAGAUGUAAAAGAUGAAAUAGAUGUGAAGCCUUCAGACUCUGAACUUGUAACAUUUCGAGAAUUAAAGGCAAAGCAUGAAGAAAAACUGAAGGAAGCACAAGUGAGUGUUGAGAGUGAAUACCAGGAUCAGGAUGAUCAGGAGCAACAAGAUAAUGAAAAGAAUAAUAAAGAAAAUGGCAGUGACAUGGAAGUAUGCAGCAUGGAUCUGAGCGAACGUGAUCCGGACGAAUUCCUUUGCAACCAGGAGCUGUUUGAUUUCUUGGAUGCUUACAAAAUAAAUAAAAAGGAAGAUGUCACAUUUAUCCUAAAAGUGACUGAGAAAUUCUCUGAAGUCCUAGUAUACCACAAGAAACAACUUGAAGAAGCAAGACAAAAGGCAUUGGCUGAAGAGGAAAAACGCAAGUCUGAAGAAUUGAAACUAAAGGCAGUAGAAGUACAGCUUAAAGUGGAAGAAAAAAAGUGUAGAGCUGAGGAAGCAAAACAGACUUUAGAAAGGCAAAGAGUUGUAGGUGAAAAAAGAACAGCUGAAGAAGCAAGGCGUGGAGCAGAAGCAUUAACACGUAGGGUUGAAGAAGCAAAGCGUAGAAUCAAACAAACACAGCAGAAGAAUGGAAUGAGACAACUAAACCAAAAUUUUAAAAUGAAACGAGUCCGUAAAAGAAAUAGAGGUAAUAAAAAACCAUUUAAUGCACAACAGAAAGCACUGCCUUUUCAAGCUAAAGGACCUUCUCUGAACCAGAAAAAUACAUUUUCUUUAGCUUCUCCCUCACAAUUAAAUCCAGGUAAUAAAAAAACAUUUAAUGCACAACAGAAAACUUGGCCGUUUCCAGCUAAAGGACCUACUCUGAACCAGAAAAGUACAUUAUCUUCAACUGCUUCCUCAAAAUUUAAUCCAGGUAAUAAAAAAACAUUUAAUGCACAACAGAGAACAUGGCCUGUUCUUGCUAAAGGACCUACUCUGAACCAGAAAAGUACAUUUCCUUCAAAAUUAAAUGCAGGACAGGGCCCCAAUUACAGCACCUCUGUGUUUCCAAUUACAAGAUUUGACAAACCGCAACAUGUUGGUGAAGUAGGAUCUUCAUUUAAACAGUCAUCUUCCAUAAAACCUCAAGGUGCAGAAUCCAAUUUAGUCCAGUAUCCAAUAUUCCCACGACCAAUAUAUGAAUCACAAUCGUCAACGCCCAUGUCACAAAGCCAGUGGUCCAGCCAAAUGGCUACUGCUAAAAGAGAUGGUGCCUUUCAACGCAGAGCACCAUUUCCACAUGAAAUGCAGCAAGACACUCCACCAGUUAAUUCUUCAAGAGCUUUUUUCCCACCAGAGUUGAAUAUGCCCAAGGAUGAAGCCACAAAUGCGUUUUUUGCAAGCAUAAAAAAUAUGGAGGUUUCUGAGGUGACUUCAACAUUGAAUGCCAUAGCUACGAAAAACCCAGCAUUCAGAGGAAUACAUGUACCAAGCCUGGUAAAAUAUUUAAAUGACACUGGAAAACUGAAAACUCCACAUUCUUUCAGAAGCCUGUCGAAGUGAUCACAAAUUACGAAUUUUGUUUCUCACUAAUACAUAGACCAGUUUUAUUGCUUUAUGCAAUAAUGAUAGUUUUUCAAAUGAAUAAGUGAAGUAUUGCCUUGUAGUUAAGUUGUUUUUACAUUGUUAUAAAAAGGAUGUCUGAGCAAUAUAUUGUUUUGUAGUCUUUUGUUGCUGUAAACCCUCAAGACCUAUGAAUUACAUUUUGCUAGGCAGUGAAUGCAAAUAUACUCUCAGUAACCCUUUGAAAUCAGCAUGGACUUUUUUGUUUUCAUUUGUCUGUCAAUAUUGAUCCACUUUUAAAUAAAUGAAAUUGUCAA